AAGAUGGCGCCAAAACACCGCACUUAGAAACCGCGGGUCCCCCGGUCCUCUGCGCUCCCAUGCGGCCCCCUGACGGAGUCCGCGUAGUGCAAACUCCAGUAGAGUGGUGUAGCGUCCUCCUCCUCCUCGCCCUCAGCCUUCACUCAACCAGGCGUGUGGCGCGCAUCCUCCUAGCUGUUGGAGUUCAGCUCGGACUGUCAGUGCCCAAGCCGGUCGAGCUCUGCAGUAGUAGGUGGUGGUGGAGGGGUGUAGGUUGAGGCGAGGACAGAGAUCUAUCACUGCGAUGGGUCCGGAGGUGGAGAGGUAUUCGUGAUUGUCCAGUGACCGGUGGCGAAGUUCCUCAGCUCCGCUCGGAUCCCCUCUCCAGGACGCAUAGCCCGACACUGUGUUCAGAAUGAGUAACAUCUAUGAGUCUGCAGAGGCCACGCUGGGCUUCAUCAGCUCUCCAUGUCUGACCAAAGUGGAGCUGCGAGUGGCCUGCCGGGGCAUCUCGGAUCGUGACGCUCUCUCCAAACCUGACCCGUGCGUGGUGCUGAAGAUGCAGUCGCAUGGCCAGUGGUUUGAGGUGGACCGUACGGAGGUGAUCCGCAGCAGCAGCAGUCCAGUUUUCUCCAAGAUCUUCUUGGUGGAUUACUACUUUGAGGAGGUUCAGAGGCUUCGGUUUGAGCUGCACGACAUCAGCUCUGGCAACAAUGGCCUCCGUGAUGCUGACUUUUUGGGAGCGAUGGAGUGCACCUUAGGACAGAUCGUCUCACAAAGGAAGCUGACCAAAGCUCUGCUCAAGCAGGGAAACACCUCUGGAAAGUCCUCCAUAAUGGUGACAGCAGAGGAGUUGUCUGGAAAUGACGAUUACGUCGAGCUCUCAUUCAGCGCUCGGAAGCUGGACGACAAGGAUUUCUUCAGUAAAUCGGAUCCUUUUCUGGAGAUUUUUAGAGUAAAUGAUGACGGGACAGAGUCGCUCGUGCACAGAACUGAGACGGUCAUGAACAACCUGAGCCCCGUGUGGAAAUCCUUCAAAGUUUCCUUGAACACAUUGUGCAGUGGAGACCACGACAGGGAGUUAAAGUGUACAGUUUGGGACUGGGACUCCAAUGGAAAACAUGACUUUAUUGGAGAGUUUCAGACCACUUAUAAAGAGACGAUGAAGGCAGAGCAGGAGGGCAAGCAGAUCCAAUGGGAAUGCAUCAACCCUAAAUAUCAAAUGAAGAAAAAGAAUUACAGAAACUCUGGGACUGUCAUUCUCAACCACUGCAAGAUCAUUAAGAUGUAUUCUUUUUUGGAUUACAUCAUGGGAGGCUGUCAGAUUCAGUUUACAGUGGCAAUAGACUUUACAGCAUCCAACGGGGAUCCGAGGAACAGCUGCUCCCUCCACUACAUCCAUCCCUACCAGCCCAAUGAGUACCUCAAAGCUCUAGUGGCUGUUGGAGAGAUCUGCCAAGACUAUGACAGUGAUAAAAUGUUCCCUGCAUUUGGUUUUGGAGCUCUGAUUCCACCUGACUUCAAGGUUUCGCAUGACUUUGCUGUGAACUUCGAUGAGGACAAUCCUGAAUGUGCAGGGAUCCAAGGUGUGGUGGAGGCCUACCAAAAUUGUCUCCCUAAGAUCCAACUGUACGGGCCGACUAACAUUGCCCCAAUCAUCCAGAAAGUGGCCUCCUCCGCCUCUGAGGAGAUGCACACCAAAGAGGCCAUGACAGACGUAAAAAAAGACAAGAAACAAUGUCGCAAAACAAAAGAUGGAGUCAUCACCGACAUGGCUGACACGCGGGAGGCCAUAGUCCAUGCCUCUCAUCUGCCCAUGUCUGUCAUCAUUGUCGGCGUGGGCAACGCAGACUUCACAGACAUGCAGAUCCUUGAUGGAGACGAUGGAAUCCUGCGUUCACCCAAGGGCGAGCCUGUCCUUAGAGACAUCGUCCAGUUUGUCCCUUUCAAGGACUUCAAACAUGCCUCCCCAGCUGCCUUGGCUAAGAGUGUUCUGGCAGAAGUCCCAAACCAAGUGGUGGAUUACUACAACGCGAAAGGAAUUAAACCCAAAUGUAUGACAGACUAUGAGUCCACAAGAACCUUUAGCCCCUGACAUUGGACUAUGUGCAUAUUUACACACAAUUCCACAUACAUUUGCCAUUGACACUAUUUAAAUACUAUUUAAUUAUAUUUAGGUACUGUAUAAAACAUUUACAUGCACUGAAGCACAAGCAGAUAUACAAAAGCACACCCAACAGUACAGCAUAAAGUAGUUUAGCUCAGAGAAAUAGCUUGUUAUGGUGAUAGUUUGAUCUUCUCCGUUGGCGAUUAUUGCAUGUAUGGCCACAAAGACGUCACCGGGGAAAUUAUUGCUAUUUAACGUACAUUUACAAGGCAUUUCUAGAAAAAUUGUCAGUCUUCUGAACCAGCAUGCUGACUCUGACCAUAGCUUGACAAAAGAAAUGACAAUCUUACCUUAUUGAGUAAACUAGCAGGUAAAUAAACCAAGGAUCCAUGUGAGAGAAAGUUUAAAUGUUAGCACGCCUAAAUGAAAAUGUUAGCAUUGCAAAUGUUAUUAGUGAGGGUAGAGAGAUUUCAGUUAGUUUCCUGCAUAAAUGCAUGAAUAAUUCAGUUUCCUCAAAUAUCCAAUCUCGAGUAGCUGCUUGCUAGUUACAAAAUAAAGUAUCUCUGUCAUUUGUGAGCGUCUGGAGUCAUCUUUGAUGUUUGGGGUUCUUUUCUACAAUUUUGUUUGUGAUUUUUGCUAAAUGGAAAUUAAAAACUGAAUUAUUGUAAUAAUUUCUUAAUAACCUUCUUAUAUUGUGAAGAGCCUUGGGAGGGUAGAAAAGUGUGUGUGGUAGACUCUAACCUGUGAGCUGAAAACAGUUUCUCUUUUUCUGUAUUCUGCAUGUUGACAAUAAUAAAGAUACUUUGGUUUUCUCAU